AUGAUUCCAUCUUGUUUCAGUAGUCCUAGCAAUGUCAGUAAGAAUUCACAUACACAACAAAACCUAAUAACAUGUAUUUAUCAAACGCAACUCUGUAACAACCCAAUUUAUCUGACCUUAACUUGGUCUAAAUCAAAUUUGACACAUUCACUUACGAUUCAUGCUUCAGAUGUUUUUUCACUCACGAUAUCAUUUUCAUCUUCAGCUCUUUCGCUCUUCAGGAACAAAGCGGGUUCAAAAUCAAUCAAUCUGAUGAAUAGUCAUAGAGUUAAGAUCUACUGGGAUUUUACUCGUGCUGAAUUCAGUCAUCAAUCAGCGGAACCCAAGUCAUCUUUUUACAUAGCCAUUAUUUGGGAUUCUCAAGUUGAGCUUUUUCUUGGUGAUCUUCUUGCUGAUGCUUUGAGACGUGUUAAAGCAGCAAAGAAAAUGUCUACUUUUGUCGAUCCGAUUUUGUUAUCGCGCCGUGAACAUGUAUUUGGGCAUCAAAAUUAUUCGACAAAUGCUCAAUUACUAGGAUCAAAACACGAGCUUGGAAUUGAAUGUAGUAGUGGGGUUUUGAAAGUGAAAGUUGAUGGAGUUGUUAGUUUAGUUGUUAAGAGAUUAGCUUGGAAAUUUAGGGGCAAUGAAAGAAUCAAAGUUGGUGAAUUAGAGGUUGAAUUUUAUUGGGAUGUUUUCAAUUGGGUUGGUGGUGCCGGUGGGAGUGGGGGUGUUAAUGGGGAUGGGUACGGUGUUUUUGUAUUUCAAGUAGGAGAUGAUCACGGCGGUGUAUGGCCGGAAAUGGUGGGGCCGGAAAAGAAACUGAUGAAAAGGAAAAGUAUGUCAAUGUCGUCACAGGGUAUUACAUUAUCACCAACACCGUCUUGUUCAAGUGUUUUACAAUGGGCAGAAGAGAGUAGCAGCGAUGGUGGUAGAAGUUCUUGUUGUUCUUCAUCUACUACGAGAUCUAAUGGAAGCAGUGGUGGAUUUUCUUUGUUAUUGUAUGCUUGGAAGAGUGAUUGA